GAAUACUAUAAAUUGAUCACUAAAAUUGUUUCUAAAGAUAGUUAAUUAAUUAAUUAUUCUAAAACAUUUGAUAAAAAAUCUUUCUUUGAAAUCACUUAGAAAUAUAUAAAUAUAGAUAAAAUGGCCUCAUACGCUGUCUUUUGCACUGGUAACCACAAGAUGGACCACACUUAAAACUAUAAGCCUAAUCUUUAUUGUAAUAGUUGUCACUAAUAUCCUUCUCAUAGCAACACUGGUUAUUAUGAAUGUAGAACAUGUAACUACGAUAUUUGUGACAAAUGCUUUGAAUAAAAGAAGUAAAUGCUUUGCGCUUAAGGACACAAAUGCUAAUCUUAUGCUCCUGGUACUGCAACUGAUUCCCACAAAUGCUAUAGAUGCCAUAAGGUACCUUCAUAAAAUCAUGUAGAAUAUUUUGUAUGCGAACAAUGCCCUAACUAUACUUGCAUGACUUGUGCUAUGGAAGUUGGUAUGGCUAUGAUGAAGAAUGCUAUGGGUAUGUUUGGAAACAUGGCUGGUGCUAAUAACCCCAACUAAAUGUUUGGAGGUAUGAUGGGAGGUUUUGGUAACAUGAUGGGUGCUAUGCAACCUAAACCAUUCUGA